AUGCUUAAUAGCAUGGGCCGUAUUCUUGGGUGGAGGGUUCCCCGACCCAUGCUGAAAAUCCUAACUUUUGUAACUUUUGGGAUGGAAAAUUACCUCGUCUUACGAACACUUAAUGAUUGUCGCAGAUUUUUAAUUAGUAAUGAUACACUCUGCAAUGUGAUUAUGCUGUUUUUAUUUUCUGUGUUAUUCAGUUUGAGAGAGUUUGUACCGUUCUGGUUUGACUCAAUAAUUGGAAAAACCCUUUCAACAAACGGACAAAAGAUAAAUAUUCCAAGUGAUGAAAAUCCGCAUUGGAACAGUGACUUUCAAAUUGGAAUUUCUCCGACAAGGUUUACCUUUCUUUCCUGGAUGAAAUCAUCGAACCUUAUAGAAUGGCCAACAUUACUGCUGGAUGAGGUCCCCGUGUUCCUACCGAGGGUGACAGAAAGCUUGAAGCAUAUUAUACGGUUUCAGCCAUUGUCACAUGGAAGAUACUAUAUGACUUGUGACAACAAGUUGUUUGAUUACCAGGAGCAAAAGAGAUACGAGUUAAACGGUUUUACUCAACUCAUGACGGUGUAUUAUCGGGAGGAUCGUGAUCCACUCUAUUAUGAAUUCCCCAAUGGAGGUCAUUUUGACGUUAUCAAGAGAAGUGUCACCUUACAAUCUUUCUUAUAUAACUGCAAGGCCAAGGCUAACCAAAUCUUGAACACAGUCAUGGAGUAUAACAGAGGAAACUCAAUCGGCAAGAUCAGCAAGUCCAUCCGAAUCCUUCCUGACGCUGCCAGACAAUUGAUAGGAGUCUGGUUUUUCGGAAUGUUAGAAGCUCUUGUAGCCGAGGACACUCUCCUGGACUUCCGUUAUAACGACAAACGACUUCGUAUUGAUGAGUUGCGUGCUCAUUUUGUUGCUGGAAGAAGACUUUUUUUGUUGUACCUAAUCGGUCAGGUGUUACCUCAUUGCCUCUCUUGUUUCGCUACUGGUCUCCAUAAUGAAGAUGCUGCUGCUGGAGCCGAUUUUCAAGCCAAUGGUCUGCAUUUUUAUGCUCAUCAAGUUGUCAACCACAGCGAACGUUUUGCGACGGUCGAUCAGGUGGAAUCAAACCCCCGUCUUUCUGGAAUGAUUCAUACCAGCAUCAUCGAAUUUCUCUGGCGUGAUUUGAAGAUCUUUAUCCAGCCUAGAAACCGAAACUCAAGAGAUUGCGCAGGCAUCCGGGUACUCGAAAAUUUGCAAAAAUUUGGGCGCUUCCGAAAAUCUUUUAAAUUUGGUCUUAUAUCGAUUGCAGAGCCGCGAUCAACCUUUACCAAGUCAUCCGCACCUGUGCCCCAAUGCCCUUAUUUAGGCGCAGCUGAUGAAGUUAAUUCCAAAUUGCCACCGUCCAAAUUUGUUUACUAA